AUGGCGACCAAUCUUCUUUCCACAUCACGCUUAGCCGACUACUUUUUUGUAUGUGGAUUGCAUGACAACCAUCUUCUGGCAACCUAUGAUGCGGUGAAACGGGGGCAGAUCACCAGCGCAGACGAAUAUUACUAUGAUCAGCAACGUCAAGCCGUCGCUGUCACGAGCAAUGAGGCUCCUGAACCGGUCAACAAUAGAACUACAGGAAAAUUGCUACCUCAGUCAUCUUCCAAGGACUCAUUAGCCGAAGUAUUGGACCAUGUCCAGUCUAUUAUCGAUAUCUUUGACAAGGAACGAGAUUCAGCCCGUGAUAACGUCAUUGCUGUUCACGAACCUCUGAAUGGCAAAACCAACAGAAAACGAUCAGUUACAGCUGCCAUGCCACGCCUUGACUCGGAACCUACCGUCAGAAGAAAACUAUCCAUCAAACCUUCCAAGGCUUGGAGCAGCGUGCCAGAUUACCGUGCUGCAUACAGUGAGCCACCGUCAGAAGACCUAGGCCGCAUACUCGAGUCAUCCGAAGAAACCUUGCAGCAAGCAUUAUUCAAUUCGGACCGAUCGAUGCAACCGAAUCUGCUCGACAUUAAAUACAUACCCACUGUGUUGUUGCGUUACCCGCGUACCGACCACUCAAAGUCCGAAGCAUUUCCCUCUUACAUUGCGAUGUUUUGUUUCCCGCGCGAUAUUUCGUUGCGAUACGGAACACAUGCUCCUGUAGAGCAACUUCAUUCUUUUGCAAUGACCGACGAAAAUGGCGAUACCAUUUAUGGGACGUGUAUUGUAUUUUACGAAAAAUUAGCACACCGUUUGAGAGAUUCUGUUAACAAGGCAUUGCAGCAAUGGAUCCAUGCCCAUAUGGAUCAGAGUACGGUAGAGUAUGCGCGUCACUUGCAGGAACGCAUUCAAACCGAACAAGCCCAAGUGGACCAUUACGGCGCAGAAUUAGUAUCCCUAAACACAAUGACCAGCACGCCAGAUAUUACAGAGCGAAAACGGGAUCUGGAAGAGCAGUUACGCACAUGUCAGGAAAAUGUGACUCUUUAUACGGAGCUUCUGGAGCCGGUGAAAAUGGCUGUAUGUACUUCGGACUGUAUUUGGGUACCCAAAGCAAUUGGCUUGGUCAGUCGAAUGCCAUGGCAUGAUUUGUUUGGUGAUUGGCUUCGUAUCAUGUUGGACUCCAUCGUGGGCGUACAAGGACGUAAAGCAAAGGGCGAUCAUCUGAAUAUUCAGAGUGCUGUAUACAAUAUCAUCCGGGAAGUACCGUUACCACCACCAGGACGCUUUGAGAUCAGCCUAAGUAUUAGCCAACGGUCUUUAUUCUUUUCGCGGCCUUCCAUUAACGAAGUUCCAAUACUGAAAAAUUUUUCGUUGUUUCCAUUAUUCCGUGCUUUAUCAUCUCACUUAAUCCUGGCAGUGCUCGAGACUUUAUUGUCGGAAGGCAAGGUAUUAUUUUUAUCGAAUCAUCCCGGUAUGCUUUCGGUCGCUUGCGAGUCCUUUCGCUAUCUGUUAUUCCCUUUCUACUGGCAAUUCGUCUUUAUACCUGUUUUACCAGAAAAGUUGCUGGCGUGUCUCCAGGUACCUGUCCCGUUUCUCAUUGGUUUUCAGGGCCAAAUUGAAGAUCUUGCGGAUAAUGCACCAGAUGAUGUUUGCAUUGUGAAUCUCGACAGCAAUACCAUGCAUCAGUACCAUCCAGGUAUGCGAUUACCUGAUCGUCAACGACGGAAAUUACAGCUGUCUUUGGAACAAUACGCGCCACUCCACACUCGAUCCAAAGUACCUUAUGGUGUACCACUUACCAUCAAGGAAGCUUUCCCCAAAGGCCGAAUGAUGCUGAAUUGCCAUCGGUCGAAAGCUCAAGAAUUGUCCACGAGUUUACCUCGCAAAUCAGAGAGUUCAGCCAACCAUUCGAUCUGGUCCAAUCCAGCCUCAGUUCUCUCAAGGCCAUUAUCUGGCUUCUGGUCCGCGAAUGAAAGCAUACGGAGCUCCAAUGAUUCCGAUAUCUCGUUCGCCCCAGAUAUUCCAACCCCAGUGAUGCCGCAACACCCUUCCAAUGCUAAAUUAGCUUCUACGACAUCGGUUUCAUCAAAUACGCAUGCUUCAUCGUCGUCGUCGUUCGCCGCAGCCCGAUCUAACCAGCAACUACCUCGUUCCGACCACUGGUCCUUUUCUCUUCACCCGAAAACGACCCCUUCGUCGGGAUCUCCUUUUAAGACGCAGCCAUCCUCCUAUAGACAUUCAGCUGGCAACGCAGAUGAACUGAAUAGAGCACGGUCGCAAGAAAUGACCGUAUCUUCAAAAGACAGUCGUCGAUCAUCACAGACAAACAGUAUUCGAAAGUUAUCUGGGCUGAUGUCGAGGCCGCAAAUGGCGUUCCAACCAGGGGAAACUGUGCGUGCUCCCGAUUUUGGAGCGGUGAAUUCUGUCCCUCCGAUCACCCAUUCUGGAACCGGCAACAAUAGCCAAACGCCGACAACGAUGCAGAAAAUGUGGUAUAUAGAAGGCCAUCCGAUGGUGGAAGUUGCACCACAAGACCUGUGGCAACUUCAAGGGUAUCGGUGCCUUUGCGGUCAAUCGGUGCAACAGAAUGACCAGAAUCAACGACACUUGACUUUUGUGUGCUGUCAAGAAUGCCACCUGGUGACACACGAUACCUGUAUGAAUCAAAUCCUUCAUCCGUGUCUACCAAGUUGUUUUGACGAAGAGAACAUUCAACACGCCUUUUUACGCAUGUUUGCGUCAUUACUGUGCCAUUACAGAGCAGGUUUUGUGUCUACUUCUGCAGAACGUAAUGGGAUGGCAUUUGAUAUGCAAGACGGCAACCCAAAGAAGAGGUCUCCUCUAGUCUUUUCAAAAGAAAAAUUCCUGAAGCAAUCCGACAAAGACAUCAGGACGUAUUUAGCCCAUUUGACUUCAUCGCAGAUGUUUACCCAGUUUAUCAUGGACCGACUCAGCAAAUCCGAUCAGGAUCCAGAAGUGCUCAUUUUUGAUGAAUUUAUCAAACUUAAAUUGAACCGUUCAAAGCUAAAAUUCGUAAAAGAAGAUACCCCGUUUCUAAAGGAUGCAUCCUAUCGUGCUUCCCAAAUUAUAUGGGCCAAUUCACCCGAUCCAGUUCCAGGACCCAAAUAUGAUCGAUUCCCCAUUGAUCUAGACUUUUCCAAUACGGGAUCUCAUAACUAG